AUGCCCGUGCUGUGGUCCAAUCUAAGCUCAGCGGACCUCAGUGUAACCGGCAUGGGAGAGGCGACCCCUGCUCAGUCUGCCGCGGGAGCGUUCGUGCCCAUGUUGGGUGUCGGUUUAGGAACUGUGCCCGGCGGGGUCGGCAGCGGGCCGGUGGUGGCCCCAUCCAGGGGCUCCGCGGUGCCACAGUUACACAACGCCAUAGUGGAGCGUCUGCGCGCCCGCAUAGAGCUGUGCAGGCGGCACCACACCACCUGCGAGAACCGCUACCAGAGGGGCCAGGCCGAGAGCUCGGACCGGGAGCACGAGAGCACCCUUCACCUGCUCAACAUAGUCCAUCAAGGGCCCGGGACCCGGAAGACAAAGGGAAGCCGAGGCUCGAACCAGCAACCUCCAGAGUACAGCAGGGCCAACGGGGAUCAGAAGGGCUCAGAGGGGGAGCAGAAGAUCAACACGCGUAUAGCGCUUCAAGGAUCUUUGCGAAGAAAGAUUGAGGGACAUGCACCAGGACACGCACCAAAGCAGAAUGGGCUAUCCUGUGGUUUCUCUGGAUCCGACUUUAAGCGGGUCCGUGUGGAUACUGGUGGUCUGGGACACGGGCCCUGCCACCAUAACAUAGCACAGUCUCAUUCGCUGCAAGGGUCCUCAACCAUGGGCAUGCAGAGGAAGAAUUACAUGAUGCCGCAUGGAGUGGGCUCAGACAUAUUCAACAUGACCCUGAAAGAAAUGAAAAAAGAGCCUAUUGAGGUCCAAUCUUGCGGCCAGUCAAACGCAGAGAUGAUUUUCGACUUCAAAGACGAAGGUGGUGGUCAGAUUGACCCCGAGCUGCAGGAUCUUUUUGAUGAGCUGACAAAGACAGUGCCAACACUGAACGACCUGGAGUUUGAGAAGAUGCUGAAGCAGGAUGAUACAUUCGGUUUGGAUCUAGGCCGGCCGAGCUCAGCAGGAGCAGCUGCCAGUCUGUGUUCCCCAAUGGAUAAGCCCAUAAAGAUUGAGCACUCCCCAGACUUUGGCCAGGUUCACGUUGGCUCCCCACAGCUUCGACCAGCCUCGGCCGGACCCUCUUUCACGUUGACCAGCACGUCUUCUACCGCCACGUCGCAGAAAGCUAACACUCAGGCAGGACACCCCAGAGCAUUGCCCUGCUGGCCGGAAAUAUCUCACGCAGAGCAGCUGAAGCAGAUGGCAGCCAAUCAGCAGCAGCCGAGCUCUCUGCUCCAUCACCACCAUCAAACGCCACCUGCAGGAUUGACCAACUGGGCUCCUGCCAUGAGCACCCACUCCUCCACCAGCGCCUUCCCCCAGGACAAGGUCUCCAGCCCGGCCGCGCUCAGCCAGCAGAGGAUUGCCUCACAGAGUAAAGGGAUCAACAACUGCCUGUACAAGUCAAAUGGCCACAAUGGCUCCCAUCAUUUGGACAUGAAGAUUCUCAGCACCAAGCCCACGUUGCACUUCAGCCCUAAGACCCCCCAUUCUGCCAACCAAUCGAUGCCAAUCAUGGCAGGCUCAGUGAACAAGACUUCAGGCCAGCAGCAGCAGCAGCAGUCACCAUCGACCGGCCAGAAUCAACCACAUUCAGCUCUCCACUUCCAGAACCAACAGAUCUCCACAUCAGGGGCUCUUUGUCUGCAGCCCAAGCCGGUUCCCGCAGGGCUGCCAUUCAAACUGUCACAACAGCGACAGGGUGUUCCUCCUGGUCCGAGGCUCCCCACCAAUGGAAGCUUAGGAGUCCUGUCAGCCCAGUCCCAGCCACGGCCCCCAGCACCCAACAACCAGCAGAAAUGCCCAGCCAAAAGUCAGGCCAUGCAGAGACCGCUUAAUCAACAACAGCACACCAUCAGCAAUUCAGACAAAGACAAUGCACAUGAUCAGUUCAAUCGUCAUCUCACAAGACCGCCGCCUGAUUACAAGCAGUCGAGAAGUAUGGUGGGAGUUCAGCCAGGAAACAUCUUCACAGGUCCAAACUCAUCCCAGUCUUCCAGCAAUGGCCUUGAGAAUGACCUCCAGUCCAUGCCUUGUCAACUCCCUAGUGGGGCUGGUCCAAAGAUGAUUCCUUCACCAUCGGACCGCAGAUUCGGUAUCGGGACUGAUUGCCGUCCAAGUUCUUGUAUUGGUCCAUUCCAGCAGCAUAACAAUCAGAAUCGAAUUGGACUAAAUCAAAAUAAAACUAGGUUCCUGGGGCCGAGCACGCAUGGGAAUUCUUUUGGAAUGAACAAUGUAGCAGGUGUCCAACACACAAGAACCACAGCUGACCUGCAUUCCUCAGGGGUACCGGGACAGGCUCUCGGGGGCUUGAUGAAAAAUGUCAACAUGGGCUGGGGCUCAGCCAACAAGCACGUGACAACUGGACUCGGUGUUAGGGGGCUACUCAAUCCUCUACAGUCUCAGGGGGCGCACCUGGACAUGCCAAACCAUCCGUACCAACAAAGGCAUAUCGGCCCCCCCAACCAGGUAGCACCAGACAUUGGGAUGCUCCCUCUUAACCCUUCGAUGAGAGACGCAGGCCCACGGCCAGGCCAGCCAAUGAUGGGGUCUCCAUCAGCAGUGGGAAACCUUAACCAGGCCUCUCCUGAACAGAGGGUACCAGCAGGCAACUUUGCCGAGCCCAGUCCCAGCUCGAGCAGCUACCAGCAUAACCGGGCCAACCGACUGACCUUUGACUUCCUCCCCGAGGGAGACAACACAGUUCCAGGGAUCAACACAGACUCAGACUUCAUAGACUCCCUCCUCAAGUCGGGCUCUGGGAAUGACGAUUGGAUGAAAGAUAUAAAUUUGGAUGAGAUCCUGGGCAGUCACUCUUGAAUUUGGGUCACAGAUUGCUAAAAAUCAACCCGCUACUUAAAGUAUAGAGGUUAUGGAUGUAAGGUGCAAGGGUAACAUUUGUAAAUAAUGUUAAAAUGGAAUUUUUAUAAACUCAUAUUAUUUGUUAUCCAAGUAUACUGUAUUGUUUUGUAUUGUAUUUACUGUGAACUGAAUUUGUGUUCUGUCCUCAGUACUCUGCAUAUUUUAUUCCUGGUAUAUUUGCCAAGAAAUAACUUUUCUUUGCAGUUACUUGUUUUUGUUUGUCAUACUCAUGCUGUAGUGCUGUCGUAUAAGAUACAAUACCAUAGUCACACUGUGAAAAAAAAACAUUGCUGUGUUGCUUUCAAGUUCAUCUUGGGAUUCCAAGUUAAGUUUCUAAAUCUACAUCCACUAUUUAGCAUGAUAUGGUAUUUACAAUCGGACGUUUGGCCUCCAUAAACAGAGAAUCUUGCCACGCCAAAUGUUCUCUCACUUAUUAUUUAAGUGUUUUCAUCUGUGGUAGUUUUGAUGCAAUUUAAGUAAUGUAACCAUUCUUUUUUCACGUGGUAUUUAAUAACUAUUGGGAUAAUAAUGAGACAUUAUAAUACAUGUAAUUAAUAAAAUGAUUUGAAAAAAUUAGGUUUUUGUUUUCUCCUUGAA